AUGAAGUGGGUUUUUUAUGUGAUCGUUUUUGUGUAUAUGCUGUAUAGGACAGUUUAUGGUCUGAAACCAGUCGAAAACAGUUUGAUGGUGGAGCCAGUCACAUAUGGAGAUGACGACUUUCUGAAAGUUGGAGGACACAAAACAAUCAGCUGUAAAGCAUCGAAUCGGAAUCAAAAGGUAGAAUGGAUAGACCCAAAUGGACAUACAGUAAAACGAAUCCCGGGCAGUCGAAUAUUUUCCCAGGAACAUUUUGUUCCUGCCAUGAGAGGUAGAGCACCGGCACUCGUGCUGACCAUCACCAGGGCAGAAGUGGAGGAUACUGGAGUGUACCAGUGCAAGUCUGGGGAUUUAGUGAAGAAUGUCACUUUGUGUGUUAUUGCACCAUCGUACUUCGUAGACACUAUAUCAGAAGUAAGUGCAGACGUGGGUCGCUCCAUUACUCUGUCCUGUCAAGCGAAAGGAGAACCUGAGCCCAGAAUCACGUGGUACAGAAACGGAGAAGUUGUUAAUGAUGAAGAUAAUUCCGAGAAGUACAAAGUGAUGACGAAGUACAACAUCCAGGGUUUUGAAGGUCUCCUCACCAUCAUUUCGCUGGAGCCAGAGGACAGUGGCGUUUAUUCCUGUCAAAGCAUCCAGGAGAGUGGAGAUGUUGAAGACUGUAGUCAUACCACCAAUUUUAAUAUAACUUUGAAUGUUAAUUAUGCUCCUAUUUUUGAAGAUGGAAACAAAACUAAAUCAGUUUACGGCAAGAAUAAUCAAGAAGUAGACAUAGUAUGCUCUGCAGACAGCUACCCAGCGGCCACUUACAGAUGGUUCAAAGAUUUGACAGACGAUGUUUUAUACGAGUUCGAUCAAAAACAAAUAAAACUAUCAGAUGAUGGAUCCAAGGCGACACUGACCGUUGUGGCUAACCAAUCAACAUUUUGGCAACGAUACAAAUGUCAAGCAACCAACGAUUAUGGUGUUUCAGAGAAAUAUUUCACUUUAAUGAAAAUGGAGAAACCGAAAAGGCCCAGUGAAGUCAAUGUAUUUAACGCAACAUCAGACGCGCUGUAUUUGAAUGUGACAUGGUAUGAUGACAUACAUUUUCCAGUUAGUGCGUUCCAAAUUCAAUAUACAACAGAAGAAACUGGUAAAAAGAAGUUCCUUCCACCGCGUGAAGCCACCUGGAGAAAAAGUAAACAGACUGAAGUCAAACUUGAAGAAGAUGAAACUAUCGAUCCUGAAGUUGGAGGUAUUAUAAUCCCAUUAGAAGAACUCGAAGCUGAAACAGCCUAUUGGAUCCGUUUGAGAGUGACAAACGAGGUCGGAGAAUCGAUCUGGUCAGAUCCUAUUCUUGUAUCGACAACCGUCGAAUCUGAGGAAACUACUACCACGGAGGCUCCAGACUCAGAGCCAGAAGUUGCUGAUAACACAGAAUCCAUGAAUGAUGCUACUUUCUAUGGUAUAUUUUUUGCUGGAGGCAUUUUUGUGGUAGCUUUCGUGUGUAUGUUCGCCAUGAGAUUGGUUAAAUAG